UGACGCAAUCUAUCAGCUAUCUGACGCGAUCAGAAAGCGACAGUUCGAAUCGUCUGAUUCAUUCUAAAGUGGCAGAAUGUGCCACUGCUGAUGCGGAAACGUCGCCAAAAUCGACAAUUAAAUGGAAUAGAACACUCACAAUCAAAUAUGCAUUUUGUUUUUGAAUAGCAAACCUCUUUGACCAUGAAGUUGGUUCAUAAAGACAUCGAGAAGGAUAAUACCGGUCAGGUGACACUAAUACCUGAGGAAGCAGAGGAUAUGUGGCACACCUACAACUUGCUGCAGGUGGGCGACAGCCUAAGAGCCUCAACCAUCAGGAAAGUGCAGACAGAGUCCUCCACAGGCAGUGUGGGCAGUUCACGUGUGCGCACCACACUGACUUUAUGUGUGGAGACGAUAGACUUUGAUUCCCAGGCCUGUCAGCUCAGAGUCAAAGGAACAAACAUCCAGGAGAACCAGUAUGUGAAGAUGGGUGCCUAUCAUACCAUUGAACUGGAGCUCAACAGGAAGUUCACUCUUGCCAAAAAAGUCUGGGACAGCGUGGUGUUGGACAGAAUUGAGCAGGCAUGUGACCCCGCUCAGAAAGCAGAUGUUGCUGCUGUUGUGAUGCAGGAAGGUCUGGCCAAUCUGGUUCUCGUGACUCCAGCCAUGACUUUACUAAGGGCAAAGGUUGAGGUCACCAUCCCCCGCAAGAGGAAAGGCAGUUGUACUCAACAUGACAAGGCAUUGGAGAGAUUUUAUGAGGCUGUCAUGCAGGGCAUUCUUAGACACUUCAGUUUUGAUGUGGUGAAGUGUAUUCUGGUGGCCAGUCCUGGAUUUGUGAAAGAUCAGUUCAUCUCAUACCUGUUUAAAGAGGCUGUGAGGCAAGACUGUAAAAUUCUCCUGGAGAACAGAUCCAAAUUCAUGGUGGUGCACGCUUCAUCUGGACACAAGUAUUCACUCAAAGAAGUCCUGUGUGAUCCAGCAGUCACGGCGCGAUUGUCUGACACCAAGGCAGCUGGAGAAGUUAAGGCUUUGGAGGACUUUUACAAGAUGCUUCAACAGGAGCCUGAUCGAGCUUUCUAUGGAGUGGCUCAUGUGGAAAGAGCGAGUGAAGCUUUAGCCGUUGACAUCCUGCUGAUCAGCGACAAACUAUUUAGACAUCAAGACAUAGCCACUCGCAGCCGAUAUGUUCGGCUCGUAGACAACGUGAAGGAAAAUGGAGGAAAUGUCAGAAUAUUCUCAAGCCUACACGUAUCUGGAGAACAGUUGAAUCAGUUGAGUGGAGUGGCGGCCAUCCUGAGGUUCCCCAUCGCUGACGUGUCUGAAGCUGAGGACAGCAGCUCUGAUGAAGACUAACAUUAUGCUCUCAUGCAAAAGGAUUUGGUAUGAAAGAACGGAAAUUAUUCACAGUUAGGAUUAAAUGGAAUGAGAGACUAUUAUGGCCUUAAUAAAGGAUUUGAAAUCAGUUGAAACAUCACAAAGCACCGGGAUAAUUAUGAUUAUUUGAAAUGAUUAUUAAGCAGAAAAGCAGAGCUCUGAAGAAUGUUAAAAAUUAUUGAAUGUCAUUACUUUAUUAAUCCUCGUGUGCCGUUUUAUAAAAGAUGCAUAAUAAUCCGCAUUGCAAAGUGGGUACUCUGCAGUCAUUGAAACAUUUAUUUGUAAAUAAUUGCAAAUGAAUUUUUAAGGCAUUACAGAGCUGUGGAUGAUUUGCAUAGGUUGGACACAGGUACUUAAACUGCAAUGCAUCCUUGCAACGCACCUUUUUUUUAGAGAAGAGCAUUUGCAAAUGAAAAACAAACCAAACAAAGGAAGAAAAUGUGCAGGUUUCAAUAACAAACACUCCCAACAACCAGGUUUGAAAAUGCCCCUAGUGAAUGUUCAGCAGUUUUUCCUAUAUGCACUACUCAGAACACCCAUUCGUUCCAAUUUUGAAAUUCGUUCUCAGAGGUGUUUGGAGUGUAUUUAGAAAUUGCUAUGCAUAUUUGACCAAUCAUCAGCAUCACAGUUUGUUACACACGGAAGUGGUGGCAAACAUUAGUCACAGGUGCAAAGCAUAAACACUAUGCUAUAAAAUCUAUUUACAAUGUCACAUACAUUUUAGUCUCCAAUAGCAAUACAAAUGCAAGUUACCUAGCCAUGCAGGAGCAGCUUCCAGACAAUAUGUAGCUUAGACUUAAAGUAGCUUCUUUGUUGACGAUGACUUGUGAUUUACAGUGUGUUCAAGUCAUGUCGGAAAGAUUGCUUUUAUGAAUUUAAUGCACAUAAACGGCACCCUGCGUUUUCAAGUUGGGGGCAUGUUGGUGAAAAAAACAUGUUGAAUACAAUAGAUUCACCAUCUAUACUGACUACAGUUAUUUCAUUACAAUAAAAAUAGCAAUGGUGCAUGUAAAACAUUAUUGUACUGUGCAAUUACGAUAGAAUAUAUAUAAGAUUCAACUUGCAGCAUCUUCAUAACUGAACAAAACCAUAAAAAAGCAAAAAUACAC